AUGUCAGAAUAUUGGGUCUCUCAUAAGAAAUAUUUCUGCAAGUACUGUGAAACGUACAUCACAGACGAUGCUCCAUCGAAACGCCAACAUGAGUCUGGCCUGCGACACAAGGGAAACAGGGAACGAUUUGUUAGAAAUCUGUACAAGCAGGGCGAACGACGGAACAAGGACCUCGAAGAAGAGAGGCGAGAGAUGGCACGCAUAGAGGCGGCAGCCAAUGCAUCGUUUGCACGAGAUGUAUCUACGGGAAACGCGUCUUCUUCAGCAUCCUCGAAAGUCUCCCAAGCGCAGAGUACUGCGGCAGCUUCCAAAAAGCCCGAAAGGCCAACUUCUGUUUGGUCAAAUUAUUCGACUGCAGAGUCACUCGGAAUUACGGAUCCCGAUGAGGAACGGAUGAAAGUUGAAUUAGAGCGUCGAAGAACACAGGGUGUUGUCGGCGAGUGGACGGCAGUUGCACCGCCUCCACCUCCACUUCCUAUAAACGUUCAGCCUCCAAAAGAGGAAGACUCGAAAGACGGAGUUUGUAGUGGCUCACUACCGCAGAAACGUGAAGCAGAAGCACCGCUUGAAGUUGAGGAAGAUGGGCGGCACUUCAAACUGCGCAAACGGAAGAUUGGUGCAGGCCUAGGAGAGAUAUGGGACCCAGGAGAAUUACCUAUAAAGCUUAAGUCAAAA